AUGGGAACAAUUCACGAACCGCGAAGGCCUCGUGCUAUCCUCUUUGUUGGCCCGAAAGAGAUUUGCGAGAUGAAAAUGUCUUCCGUUAGUGCUGACGGCGAACUCGUUGAGGAUGUCUUCGACUUCUCGCUCGAACCAACAGUAGCGGAACCGUUAGUAGAACAAGGUCCUACACCGAGGGAAAGGGAAUUCAUGACGCGGCAGAUAAGAAUGGAGGAAGACAUCAGUCUCAUUAAAAAUAUUCUGGUUCAGAUGAAUUCCGGGUCGUCCUCUCAGGGAACAAAAAUCGAAAGGGUAGAGCAGAUAGGCAGGGAACUCUUGAGGAGAAACCCACCGAAGCAAACACAAGAUAAUCUAGAAUACGUGUACGCAAGCGCCAAGUCUGUGGCCCAGUUGAGAGAGCUCAAGGGCCAAAACAAGAACCUCUUCGUGUUAGCUCUAGAGAAGUUGGUUUACAGCGACGACCCGGCGGAGAUGGACCUCCCAGUAGAUGACCGCAUUCUAACAAAAGAUCGGGUUAUUUUUAUCAAACAGUGCCUUUUCAAAUAUUACGAUGUAGCCGACGACGAUAUAUGGAGAAGGGCCAAGGACGCCUUGAAUAGCCGCGUUAGGAGGCACAGAAAGGCCCUGAAAGACGCACAAACAAGGUCGCAGAAUAGGGAAUCUCCAGAGAGCGAGCAGCCCCACCGUCUAGAUUUAUAUGAUUGA